UUAACCAUAUCCUGUGAAGUUGAGGGUAUUACUGUUCUGUGUUCUGGCUCUGUAGCCCUAAGUGGAUAUAAAUCUGAUAUAAGUUCAAUAAAAGGUGCUGAUGAGGAACCAAUGAAGGACUGA